GGAUAACAACGAGAUGAAUCUCUCAGACCGGAAGUUUGGAAGCUGUCAAAUUAACACAUUAACAUUGAAUGUAUCUUAGAUCUUUCAAUUAAAGCGACCAAAAGGUGCAGUGAUUCCAGUACGAGCAUACAGAAGUCAUGCAACAAGACUAAUUUAUGAUGUCACAUGAUAUGGAAACACCAUUCCUGAGCUUUUGCAAUCCUAACUAUCAACCUAAUAACAAAGCAGUGCACACCAGUCCAACAUCUGAGAACAACAACAACCAGAGCGACGCAGUCAACAUCAACAUCAUGUCGGCCGCAGACGAGAAACAAGAGCAAACUAAGCUCAUAAACGGAGAAAUUCAGUCACUUACUUCUACGGAAGAGGAUUCGGACUCAAUCUCAGUGAAAAGUGGCAUAGUUUCUGGAGAAGAAGCGGUCUCGGAUGAAGAAAAUGACUUUGUCGUUGCCAAUACCAAGUUUGUGGGAGACUCCGGGACCGACUCGAGCGAUGAGAAGCUGAACAACACUGAGUGCAUGAACAUGGCCUAUGGGGAGAAAGGCAAGGGAAUACUCGCCUACAUUUCCCUGCUCGAGCAGAGUGCAAGAGAGCGUAGUGAGAGGAAGCGUAGGGAGCAGCUGCUUGGGGUCGAAGGCGAUCAGACGCAGUGCGACAGCGGCAACACAACCCCUGCCUCAUUGGCAGAGAACAUCAAACUUAAAACGUUUCGCAACGCUGGGUUCGAUAUCAACUCGCCUGACUCCAACGACAGCGGCAUACAGUCAGACGCACGCUCUGACGAUGGCACCUCGCAGUCCCAGAGUGCAUCCAUCAGUGAUGAGCUGUAUGCGAUCACCAAUGAGUCCUACCUGCCUCGGUCCAAGAGCCAGGAGGACACAGAGGUCACCACCGACCCAGGGGGAGGUUUUAACCAUCAGGCUGGGAAAGAUGUGAAGGUUCUCCUCUUACAGAGAAUGCGGGAGAAGCCAUUAAGACCCUGGAUUAUCGCCACUAACGACGGGAACAGUGUUUCUUGCCACUGCAACUGCAUGGCUGGACUGGGCAAGGCAUGUACACAUGUGGCGUCACUUCUAUUCGCCAUUGAAGCUACAGUUAAAGAACGUGACGCGAAAACUGUGACCGAGUCUAAGGCUUACUGGCUUUUGCCAUCAGAUUGCAAGUCUGUGUCAUAUCAGGAGGUGAGGGACAUUGACUUUGUGUCAGCAAAAACAGCAAAGAAGCAUGUGGACGGAGAGAAACUGUCACAUAGAAGCAGUGAUGUUCGACGAGGGUUUGUGGCAGACUAUUUGUGA